AUGGAGCAAAAAGUGGAAUCCGACACCAACGCGACCAUUCUCUUGAUGGGAUUGCGUCGUGGUGGUAAAUCCUCCAUCUGUAAAGUCGUCUUCCACAACAUGCAACCUCUAGAUACGCUUUAUCUCGAAAGUACCCUGAAACCAACCAGUGAGCAGUUCCUGUCGCUCAUAGACUUAUCUGUGAUGGAAUUGCCCGGCCAGCUCAAUUACUUUGAGCCCACUUACGACAGUGAGCGACUCUUUUCCAGCGUUGGAGCGUUGGUGUAUGUUAUAGAUAGUCAGGACGAAUAUCUCAAUGCGUUGACCAAUCUAUCGAUGAUCAUCGAGUACGCCUAUAAGGUCAAUCCGCAGAUCCAUAUCGAGGUGCUCAUUCACAAAAUUGACGGAUUGUCGGAGGAUUACCGGAUGGACGCCCAAAGAGAUAUCAUGCAGAGAACAGGCGACGAGCUCUUGGACUUGGGCUUGGAGGGUGUUCAGGUGUCGUUCUAUCUCACCUCGAUCUUCGAUCACUCGAUCUACGAGGCCUUUUCGCGGAUCGUCCAGAAACUCAUCACGGAAUUGCCUUCGCUUGAGAACAUGUUGGACAACUUGGUAGCGCACUCGUCGAUCGAUAAGGUAUUUUUGUUUGAUGUCAAUUCGAAGAUCUACGUGGCCACGGACUCGUCGCCGGUCGACAUUCAGACGUACGAGGUUUGCGCGGAAUUCAUUGACAUCACCAUCGACUUGGACGACUUGUACCUUGAGUCCGAAAAUAAGAACAACGGCAAUGCACAGCCAACUAACAGAAACGAGAUUCGCUCAGUGUCGCAUCUCUCCAAUGGCUCGGUCCUCUACUUGAAGCAGAUGAUCCGUGGGUUGGCGUUAGUGGCUCUUAUCCGUAACGACGAAGAGAACUCGUCUGCCAAGGAUUCCAACAUGGAUGAGCUUCUUACAGUAAUAGACUACAACGUGGGCUGCUUCAAGAAGUCCUUGAUGAAGAUGUGGGAGAGUGCGAAGUUUAAAACGGCAGUUAACACUGCCAAUGGGAAUGGGUCCGCAUAG